AUGACGACCUCGAAGUUUUACUUCGGAUUCACUGCCUGUACAGCCGUCUUACUUGCCAGCAGCGCUGUCGCACAAACGGACAACGACCUCCUUAACUUUGCCCUUAACCUGGAGUGCCUGGAGGCUGAAUACUACUCUAACGCCGUGUAUGGAUAUGGAUUGAAUACAAGUACCUUGGGAAGCGGCCCCGGAUCGACUGGAGGGCUAAAGGCCAACCUCAGUCCGGACUUGUUGAGGAUUGCCAGGGAGCUUGUCAAUGAUGAAAUCAACCAUGUCACUGAACUUCGAGAAUUGCUGGGUAAUGACGCGGUUCCCUGCCCAAAGAUGGACAUUGGGGGUGCCUUCACCAGCCUUGCCAAAGCUGCUCUCGGCAUUGACGGCUUCUUCCCCUACAACAGUGACAUCAACUUCAUCCUAGGUGCUUUCCUGUUUGAGGACGUCGGAGUCACUGCCUUGCACGGCGCAAUUCCCCUGCUGGUGUCAAAGACCGUGCUCACCACGAUCGCCGGCUUUUUCCCGGUGGAGGCGUACCAUGCAGCCAUCCUGCGCACGCUGCUGUACGAAAAGGGCACCGAGAUGGUCACCCCCUACAGCAUCCGCGUCUUCGACUUCGUCCAGGGAUUCUCCGAUCUGCGCGGCAAGGCCGGUAAUGGCAAGGACCAGGGCAUUGUGGUGCCUCCUGCAGACGGCCGCUCGACGCCAUAUCCCUUUGCAAACCUGGUGCCCCAGAAUGGCAAGGGAGUGGCAUUCACGCGCACGCCAAAGGAGGUGCUGGCCAUUGUGUACGGAGGGAAUGCCACACAGCCCGGCACAUUCUACCCCCAAGGCAUGAAUGGAUACUUCAAGUAGAGAGGACGGGCUCCGCAAUGGGGGCUCGGGGCAUGAGCCCAUGAGGCACUGGCAGACCUCUCAGUUCAGAGUUCUGUACAGCCCAAAUCGGGAUUUAAUGAUGACCAAAAUGAAGGCACCGGGCAAGGGUGCCUGACUUUAGCAUGCGCAAGUCUACUUGCAAUUCACUGGCGCAGUGUGAUCAGGGUGUCCUAGCUAAGUAUAUUAGAGCAUUGCCAUGUUGAGCAGAAUAAAAUUCAUCUAUGCAUUUUUCAUUGCUCAUCUGAACGAAGCUCUGUAGG